AUGCGGGCAGCGGAGAUCAUGGUAGAGCCGAACGAGUCGUGGGAACUGGGCAGUAGAGAAAUCCAAAAAUGUCUGCUCUUUGGCUUGGCACUAUGGGACCAUUCCCCCGCAGAGAUGGGCGCAUCCCUGGCGACUAUCCCUGGCUUGCAAGCCCAAAACACCAACGGGAUGAAGUCCGGCUUCGGACGUCGUGGCCUCGGUGGAUCUCCGCGAGUCGUUGCUCUGGUUCACGAUGCAGCGGUACGACUGUAUAUGCGCUGCGGACAAUUACCGGGAGUUUUCCCUUCUGCCUCUUGGCUCUGGAGUCUGGAGACCUUCAACCAGGGCUCUGGGAGCCUACGAGAGUCAGAGGUUGACGACGGUGCGGAGACGCCAGAGAACGCCAAAUAA